AUGGAUCGUGUGAGGCACAACGACCACUUCAGCCCGCUGCCCGUGACCACUGCAAGCUCGACAUGUGAUAGUCCUUUCAAUUUGUUAAAGAGGGGUUCAGACCACCUUAUCAACCGCCAUGUCCUCCAUCCUUCUGCGUUCUUUUCACCCAUGGAAAGAACACCAGAGAAAGGUUUUAUGUCGCCUCCUCCUCAAAGCUUCCUAACCAGGACAUUGCAAGCGCAAGAUCAGUUCAGUGGUGUAACCGCCACAACAGCUAUUGCAUCGCCACUGUACUCAAAUGCAGCAUCAUCAGGAUUCUCACCCUCAGCUACACCCCCACCUUCUUCCUCCUCCACUGCUACUCUUCAUCCUUCUCAGCCUUUCCUCAAUCUAAAUAUGCCCGGUCUCUAUGUCAUCCACCCAUCUGAUUACACAUCUCAGCAACACCACCACCAUCUCAUGAACCGAUCACAACCACCACCAUAAGCGUACUUGCUUCUUCUGAAUUUGUCAUUGUUUGUAACAUAGAGUGAAGACUAAUAACAAAACAGAAACCAAAAUCUAUAUUCUCAUAUCACUAUUAUGUCUCUGAAAUUAAUAUAAUGGAUAACCUUUGUUUUGU